AUGACUGAAGAAGUCGAUACUAACUUAUACAGUCGCCAGAUUUAUGCAUUAGGUCUCGAAGCGAUUAAAAAGAUGUCUCAUGCAUCUGUUCUUAUCGCUGGAAUGGGUGGUUUAGGUGUUGAAAUCGCAAAAAAUAUCAUUCUUAUGGGUGUUAAAAAUGUAACAAUUCAAGAUACAAAGAACACAACACUUGAAGAUAUCGCAUCUCAAUUCUACUUAACAGAAAGUGACAUCGGAAAGAAUAGAGCUGAAUCUUCAUUCAAAAAGCUUGCAGAACUUAACCAGCAUGUUUCUGUAUCAUUAGCAACAUGCGAACUAACAAACGACUUCAUUUCUAAGUUCGACACCAUUGUUUUAACAGAUUUAUAUCCAUUUUCAAAAUUACUUGAAAUUUCCGACUUUUGCCACCAGAAAAACAUCAAACUUAUCAUUACACAAGUUUCAGGACUUUUCGGCUACGUUUUCAACGACUUUGGCGAAAAAUUCUAUGUUUCAGAGCCAAAGGAUGAAAUUCCAGAGAGAUUUUUGAUUGAAAACAUCACACAAGACAAAGAUGGUAUCGUUACAACAUCAGAUUAUACACGCCAUGGCUUAUACGAAGGAGAUACAGUCAAAUUCGAAGAAGUCGAAGGCAUGGAAGAAGUAAAUGACAAACUCUUUACAGUUAAGCCCAUUAACCCCUACAAAUUCUCUAUUGGCGAUACUUCUGGCUUCCAUCCUUACAAAAACACCGGAAGUGGCGGAUACUGCUGCCAAGUUAACCUCCCGAUUACCAUGGACUUCCCAUCACUCAGAGACAGCCUCAAAGCGCCAGAAGUCAACUUGACAGAUUUGGUAUUUUUCGGUCGUGAGAAUGAAGUCAUCUCCUGCUUCAUUGCCUUAUCAAAAUACAUCGACGAGAGCAAGGAAGGACCAAUUGACACAGCGAAAUUUACAGAACUUGCCAAGAAAGUUGCAAAUGAAUAUCAUUUCUGCGAAGAAAUCAGCAACGACGUUCUUUCCACAUUCACUUACCAAGCAAAGACAGUUAUCACUCCAAUGUGUGCUGUUUUUGGUGGUAUUGUCGGUCAAGAAGUUUUCAAAUCAAUAUCUUCGAAAUUUACACCGAUCAAAUCAUACUAUGCGAUUUCUUACAUCGAAUCUACAGUCAAAGACGUCAAAUACGAACCUCUUAACGACAGAUUCGACACUUAUCGCAAGAUAUUCGGCAAUUCUCUCCAAGACAAGAUGAUGAACCUCAAAUACUUCAUGAUUGGCGCCGGCGCCCUCGGCUGCGAGAUUCUCAAGAACUGGGCGAUGAUGGGAGUCUUUUCCGGACAAAAUGGUCACCUCACAAUUACCGAUAUGGACACAAUUGAGCUUUCCAACCUUUCCAGGCAGUUACUAUUCAGGGACAGAGACAUUGGCCACCUCAAAUCUCUCACUGCCGCCGAAGCCGUCAAACAGAUGUCUCCAAAGAUGAAAAUCACCGCACAAUCGAACAAACUCACUGAAGAAACACGUAACAUUUACAACGACGAGUUCUAUGAGAGUUUGGACGGUGUUUGCAAUGCUUUGGACAAUGUCAAGACAAGACAAUACUCCGAUGAUCUCUGUGUGUACUACAACAAGCCAUUACUUGAGUCAGGAACACUCGGAUCGAAGGCAAAUGCGCAGAUCAUCAUUCCAGGAAUGACACAGAGUUACACAGAUACAGCAGAUGCAGAAGAAAAAUCAAUUCCUCAAUGCACGUUGCAUAACUUCCCAUCGGAAAUCAACCAUUGCUGCGAAUGGGCAAGAGACAUCUUCGGUGGAUGGAUGGAACAUAAUCCAGAGACAAUAAACAAGUUCAUCAAAGAUCCAAAGAAAUUCAUCGAAGAACAAAAAUUGAUCGGUUUGGAAGAAUUGGAAAAUAACCUUCAAAAAGUGACAAAACUGAUUAAAAACCGCCCGAAGAAUUUCAAGCAAUGUCUUGAGAAAGGACUUAAGAAGUACCAAGAACUGUUUGUCUGGAGAAUCAACAAGAUCCUCAAGGAUUUCCCUGUAGAUUCCCUCGAUGAAAACGGCCAGCCAUUCUGGAGAGGUUCUAAAAGAGCUCCCUCACCUUUGUCUUUCAAUAUUGAGAGUGAGAACGAUUAUUUGUUCGUUACUUCAUUUGCUAAGAUCUUUGCACGCAUCAAUUCUGUUGAAAUACCAAAGACAGAAGCAGAAAUCAAGGAGAUAUUGAAGACAAUUCCUGUUCCUGAGAAAAGAGUUAAAUGCUGUUUCGAAGGAUCGAUUCCAUUGGAUGAUUUGAUCAAUCUCAGUGAGAGAUACGCAAAAGAACAGAACAUGGUGAAACCAGAGUCAUUCGAGAAGGAUGAUGACUCUAAUUCACACAUUGAUUUCAUUUCUGCUGCUGCAAACUUGAGAGCAACAAACUACAGAAUUAAAAAUGAAUCUAAACUCGAAAUCAAGAGAAUUGCAGGAAAAAUCAUUCCAGCAAUUGCUACAACAACAGCAAUGAUUUGUGGUUUCGUCUGUCUAGAGAUGUACAAAGUUCAUUCUCGUGAAAAUAGAAAGAUCGAAGAUUUCAGAUCGAUGUUCAUCAAUUUGUCAACAAAUCAUUACGCUGGAGCUUUCCCUGCUGAUGCAACGAAAUCGAAACUUCCAAAUGGAAUGGAGAUAACGAAAUGGAAUAAGUUCAAGAUUGAAAACAUGACAAUCGAAAACUUCAUCAAUUACUGCCAAGAAAAGUUUGGAUUGCAUGUUACAAUGAUCAAUGUACACAAUAAGACAUUGUAUUUCGAACCAAUACAGAAGAAAUACAACAAGAUUAUUUUGCAGAAGUUGAAGAAACAAGGAAAGGAUCCAGAAUUAGAGUACCAAACACAACUGAAAGAACAAAAUGCAAUAAAGGCUAUGACUUUGAUCGACGCAAUUAAAUCAAUUGCUAUCAAUGGAGAGUUCGAGGAACACAUGAAGUACGUUCUUGUUUCUAUCGCAAGUAAGGAUGUUGAUAUCUCUCCUGAUUUCAUCCUUAAGGUUAAAUAA